UGGCGAUGAAGAUGAGGACGGUGACGAAGGCUCUCCUCCUCGCCCUCGCGGUGGGCGUGGCCUGCGCCGACGUCGACCCCGCCCAGAUCUCGGGGCCCUGGCGCACCUUCGCCGUCGCCGCCGACAACCUGGACCAGGUCCAGGAGGGGGGGCCGCACCGCAUGCUGCUCCGCCAUAUUGAGUGCCAGGAGGGCUGCAACGCCCUGAACGUCUUCUUCUAUGUCAGGAAGAACACGGUCUGCACCCCGCACACGGUCCUGGCCCGGAAGGACGCAGACGGCGGCUACAUCACUGAGUUCGAGGGCCAGAACCACUUCAAGCUCCUGGGCGAGGACCCCGACCGGCUCGUCGUCAUCAACAGGAACAGGGGGCCCAACGGCACCGCCACCCGCACCAGCUUCCUCUUUGUCAGGUUGCGGGUCAUGCACGAGGAGCGGAUGGCGGAGUUCGAGAGGCUCACGGAGCAGCACGGGAUCCCACGGGAGAACAUCCUGCGCGUGGGCGACACGGACACCUGUCCGCCCUGAGGACGCCCGCCCCCCCCCGGAGAAGGUUCCGGAACAUUCUAGAACAUUCCGGAAUCGAGCGUCCCCGGCUCCCCCUGCCUCCCGCUGAUGCAAUAAACUCGUCCCCGGCACGGUCCCCAGAAUUUUAUUAUUCAGUCAACAGGCAGAGCGAGCUGGGUGUGUGGGGGGGAGACCCAGGGGACCGUGGGAAAAUCCGUGGACCGUGGGAACAUGGGUAGGAAACCCCACGCAGGCGCCCUAGGUUGCUAGGCAACGCCACACAGGGCGCUCAUGUUUCAUGAAUUUAUUUUUCAUUAUCUCUGAGGGCAGCGGCAGCCAUCUUGGAUCCUGGCAAAUUUUUUCUGACAGGAGCGGCAGCCAUCUUGGGUCCUGGCACCAUUUCUCUGACAGAAACCCGCGGGCGUCCCUGUCAGAAAAGU